AUGGUGCCUUGCAUUGUUCUGUUUUUUAUAUUUGGGAUUUUUUUUUCUUCUCCGAUCCUGUAUCUUUUGUCUCCAUUUGUUGUGUCUAUGUAUGAUAUAAGAAUCGAUGAUUUCCUGUCUUCGGAGGGACGUAGGGUGUUCUUUUGGGUGGCGACUGGCCGGUACCGGGAUGAACGGGGCAAGACCGAAUUAGGACAGGAUCGACCGGAGCAGACUGGGAUUGAGGCCGGGAUAUCUCAUGAUAAAGGGUCCGACAUUUCUGACCCCAAUGUUGUUGGCCAGAAUGAUUUACUGAUUGUGGGACCUGGCGUUCUUGGACGAAUCGUAGCUGAGAAGUGGCAAAAGGAGCAUCCAGAUUGCAAAGUUUAUGGCCAGACUGCAAGCAAAAAUCAUCACAGUGAGUUAACAGAUCUUGGCAUCAUCCCCUCAUUGAAAGGCACCACUAUUCAUCAGAAGGUUCCACAUGUUAUUUUCUGCGCUCCCCCGUCCGGUUCAGAUGAUUACCCUGGGGAUGUCAGAUUGGCAGCAUCAAAUUGGAGUGGUGAAGGAUCUUUCCUGUUCACAUCAAGUACAGCUCUGUAUGACUGCAGUGACAACAGCAUGUGCAACGAGGAUUGUCCGUCAGUGCCAAUUGGCAGAAGCCCUCGUACUGAUGUACUUCUAAAAGUGGAAAAUGUUGUUCUUGAGGCAGGAGGCUGUAUAGACAGAGGUGCUCAUGUUUUCUGGUUGAGGAAAGGAACUUUAGACACACAACCAGAUCAUAUCAUCAACCAGAUUCAUUAUGAGGAUGCUGCUUCCCUUGCAAUAGCAAUCAUGAAAAAGAGACUGCCGAGUCGAAUAUUUUUGGGCUGUGACAACAAGCCCCUUUCCAGGCAAGAAAUAAUGGAUGCUGUUAACAAAAGUGGAAAAUUUGACACGAAGUUUGAAGGCUUUACUGGUACUGACGGUCCAUUGGGGAAGAGAAUGGAGAAUUCGAAAACUCGGGCUGAGAUCGGUUGGGAACCAAAGUAUCCAAGCUUCACCGAAUUCCUUGGUAUCAGCAGUUAA